UCUUUAAUUCCCUCAAAUUUCAUCCUAAUAAUCACUCUUCAACACUUUAAUUUCUCCCCAUAACCAAUUUUACCCAAAUAAUGGCGCGAGGCACUUCUUCCCAAUCCACCUCCUCCCCCACAAACCGCCCAGGUACCGCGGCACCCCGUGGUUCCGCCGCCGCUACAGCUGGUAUGCGCCGACGCAGGCUCGGUUCUUCUUCCUCCACUGGCGGUGGUGGUAACGCCGUAGUAGGCUCCGGCAACGCUAGCAAUAUGCUCCGUUUCUAUACCGAUGAUUCUCCAGGUCUGAAGAUCAGCCCGACUGUUGUCCUUGUGAUGAGCCUUUGCUUCAUCGGAUUCGUUACUACUCUCCAUGUCCUCGGUAAAUUCUACCGCUACCGAUCUGGCUCCGGAGCCUGAUUAUUCGGGUUUGGAUCCUUGAUUUCGGAUCAUGGUGAUUUUGGAACUCCCUUCAUACAGGAAAAUUUAUCUUUUUUCUUUUUAAUUUCGGUUUUCGUUUCACGAUCUUUUGGUGGUUCUAUUUCCGUUUUAGAUGGCUGAAUUUGACUCAGUAUUAGGAAGAUGAUAAAAGAAGCUUCCAAUUAAGGGAAUUUUGAACGUUUACAUGUGUUUUUUGUUUGUUCUAAUCAGUAAUGCAUAGUUUUGUUCAGAAAAGGAAUAUUAAUUUGAUGCAUUUUAGCUAUAUUUA